AUCUCUCGCUCGAACAUGGGAUUGGGAAGAUAGAAAAUAAUAAAGGCAAAAAAGAAAGAAAAAUCACAGCGAAGCACCGGCACCGCAUCGGCCGCUUUAGCUUGGCUUUCCGGCGCGGCGCGGCGCAAGGCGAGCCAUCUCCGCGAUUGCCCCCACCGGAAAAGCGAGGCGAGAGCGGGAGGGCGAACUGGCGAAGCAAGGAACCAUACAAGAUUUGGAGGGAUCGGUCUUCGCGGGUUCAGCGGUUCCAGGGCCUUCCGGAGCCGCCGCGGCGGGCAUCGGCCGGGCUGCAGAUAAAUGGCGGCCGAGGAGAGCGGCAGCGCCGUGGGGGAAGCGGCGGCCGCUGCCAACGGGGACUGCCCCGCCGCCGCCGCGGCGGUUGCGUCCUCCUCCGCAGAUGACAGAAUCCUCCCUAGAUCAAGCACCAUGCCAGGAGUGAUUAAAAAUGACGAAAUAACCAAUGAAACUGCUGGACCAUCAAAUUUGCAACGAUCAAGAACUGAGCGACGCCGACAAAAUAAUCCAGCUGAUGAUCCUGCUAGACAGUUAUUUGAUGAAAAGAUUCCUAUAAAAAAGAAGCUCAAAAUGCUAAAUCGUAUUGCUAUUGUGAAAGAUGAUGGAACUGUGGUUGUUGAUGUGCCAAGUGGUCUGGAAGAUACAGUUGGUGUUGGAACAGAGGAUGGCUAUGCUGACGUCACUGUUGAUGACUCAUUGGAUGGAUUAGACAUACCAUACAGGCCUCCUAUGCAAAUAGUUAUACUUAUUGUGGGUACACGGGGAGAUGUUCAGCCAUUUGUUGCUAUAGGAAAACGCUUACAGGAUUAUGGACACCGAGUGAGAUUAGCAACCCAUGCCAACUUUAAGGAGUUUGUACUAACAGCUGGCCUGGAGUUUUACCCACUAGGUGGAGACCCCAAAAUACUUGCGGAAUAUAUGGUGAAGAAUAAAGGAUUCCUACCUUCAGGCCCAUCAGAAAUUGCUAUUCAAAGGAAACAGAUUAAAGAUAUUAUAUUUUCAUUGCUGCCUGCAUGCAAGGAUCCUGAUCCUGACACCAAGAUUCCUUUCAAAGUGGAUGCAAUUAUUGCGAACCCACCUGCAUAUGGACAUACGCAUGUGGCGGAAGCACUAAAAGUACCCAUUCAUAUAUUCUUUACCAUGCCAUGGACGCCAACUAGUGAAUUUCCUCAUCCUCUUUCUCGUGUGAAGCAACCAGCUGGAUAUCGACUUUCGUAUCAAAUUGUGGACUCUAUGAUUUGGCUUGGUAUACGGGAUAUGAUAAAUGAAUUUAGGAAGAAAAAGUUGAAGCUGCGUCCAGUAACAUACCUAAGUGGUGCACAGGGUUCUGGCAAUGAUAUUCCACAUGGAUACAUUUGGAGUCCUCACCUUGUCCCGAAACCAAAAGACUGGGGCCCCAAGAUUGAUGUUGUUGGAUUUUGCUUCCUUGACCUUGCUUCCAACUAUGUAGCUCCUGAAUCACUUGUGAAAUGGCUUGAAGCUGGUGACAAGCCCAUAUAUAUUGGUUUUGGUAGCCUUCCAGUUCAAGAUCCGCAAAAGAUGACUGAAAUCAUUGUCCAAGCACUCGAAAUGACUGGACAGAGAGGCAUCAUUAACAAAGGUUGGGGUGGCCUUGGAACCUUGGCAGAACCAAAAGAUUUCGUAUAUUUACUGGACAACUGCCCUCAUGACUGGCUUUUCCUGCAGUGUAAGGCAGUGGUGCAUCAUGGUGGUGCUGGCACGACAGCUGCUGGCCUCAAAGCAGCAUGUCCUACAACUAUUGUACCUUUCUUUGGUGACCAACCAUUCUGGGGCGACCGGGUGCAUGCUAGAGGGCUUGGGCCUGCACCUAUUCCAGUUGAUCAGUUUGGUUUACAGAAGUUGGUCGAUGCUAUAAUCUUCAUGAUGAAACCAGAGGUGAAAGAAAAGGCUGUGGAGCUGGCUAAAGCCAUGGAAUCUGAAGAUGGUGUGACGGGUGCUGUUAGGGCAUUCCUCAGACAUCUGCCUUCAAAAACAGAGGAGAUAACUCCGCCGCCAUCGUCGAGCUUUCUGGAGUUCCUAAGUCCGCUGAGUAGGUGUUUGGGCUGCUCUUAGUGCCACUUGCAUCAAUCACGGCAUAUACCAUUCCUCUUUUUGAAAGAAGAGAAGAGUUACCAUCGUAGCUCGUGGAUGAUGCUCUAUGCUAUUUUGUGCGAGACGAAUGUUGAUGCCCAAUGUAAGAAGGGACGAAGGGGGCCGGGAGCGUGUGCUUUACUCUUCUUUUAUCCUUUUCCUCGUUUCUUUUUCGGGUUUUAUUUUAUUUUUGUGUAAAGAGUACUUGUCUGGCGUGGAUUGUCUGUGUUGUUUAAUUCUGAUGUGCAACUUAGCCCUUGCAGCAACCAUCGGAACACAUCUGCAUGGCCAAUCCUUUGUGUAUAUGGAAAGCGGAAGUGGCACAAAUCAGUGCAAUUGCAUCUUGCA